GAUACAAAUCUAUAGAAAUGUAUCUCAAACUAAUUUUCCUUAUUUUUUCCUUAAUCAUUUUGUUAAACUCAACAAACGCUAUGGAUAUGUUGGGGGUCGAUCAAAAUUACACAGACAUCAAUAAGGACACAAAAGAGUAUUAUGGCAGUGAUUUGUACACUGAUUUAUCUUGGACUGGCCUGUAUACAUUCACGAAAACAUUUAUGAACUCCAUCAUGGAAACAAUUGACCCAAAAGAUUUUUUGACGAUAACCCCCGAGAAGGCCAUCCAGCUGAAAUCCGACGACGCGAUGGAAAUCGUAAAACCAUUUCAGGGCGUGAUCAUUUUCGCGGCGUUUUUGAUCGCGUUCGCCGUGCUUUUUCCCGUGGCGGGUCUGAUUUACUCGUGCUGCCGUUGCUGCGGCAACUGCGGUUCGACUCCCGCGCGACGCUCGAAAGAGUCCGAUCGUUGUAGUAAAAUCGCUUACGGAAUUAUCCUGCUAGUAUUGUGCGUCGGUUUGUUAUUUUGUGUAGUGUUCUCUUUCGGAAGCACCGAGGAACUAAACGGCAGAGUUGAAGACUUUACGGCCGAUUUAAAAACCACCACAAACGAUAUAAGUACAUUUUUUGAUAAUACCGUUCAGCAACUAUCAAAUCUUCUGGAUACAAAUUUCAAUGAGUUUAGAAAUAAAACUAAUACUAUUAUAGAAGACAACAAAGAUCGAAUAAUUGAUUUGAUUGAAUUCGAUGAUACGGAUGUUAAAAAUCUUAAGAUAUUGGAUUUUUUCAAACACCUAAAAAGUAUUCAAGAUCUUUUUGUUAUUAUUUCGAAUAACGUGGUUGGUAUAACUAACAAUAUUGCUGCAUUAAAAGCAAAUUAUACAGACAUCCAAUUACAAAUACAAGUUAUUUGUGGUGAAAUAGACGAUCUAGCUAUUUGUGAUCCUUCAACAGUUUUGGUAGAUUUUGAUGUUAAGGAUGAUGAGAUUCCUUCAUUUAACACUACGGAAUUGCAAAAAAUUGAUUUUUCCACAAUUGAAGAUGAAAUAAAUAAGAUACCUGACCAAAUAGCCAAAGCCAAAAAUGAUGCAAAUCAACAGUUUGAUGCAAAAAUUAAAGAAGCUAAUGACACAUUGGACAAAGCAGGAACAACGGUACAAGACACAAUAACAACGGUUAAAAAAACUGUUAGCGAUAUGAACAACCAAAUAAAGAAACAAGCAGAUCCGUUUUUGGACGAUGCGAACAAAUAUAUCAUGGACUACAUGAAGUACGUUCACGGUACGAUGGUAUUUUUCAGCUGCGUACUGCUAACCGUACUGGUGCUCAUUACAAUCGGUUACACUUGGGGAAUUUUCGCCACGGUACCGAAAAAUAAUGCCACGUGCUCGACUAAAGCCGGGGGAAGCAAAUUUUUUAUAUGGGCUGUGGGUUUGAUGUUUGCCUUUGCGUUUUUCAUGGCCUUGAUGACCCUGGUGUUUUUUGUUAUCGGAUUCAUACCGGACAGAGUCGUGUGCGAUUCGGUGGACGAGCCUGAGAAGUCGAAACUAUUAACAUUUUUGAACGAUGCCAUCGAUUUCGAGCAAUUUAAUGUUAAUGUGACUUCUAUUGUCGAUGUUAUGAACGGUUGUAAGGACAAUGACGCGAUGUAUUCUGUUUUUAAAUUAGACAGUCAAUUUAAUUUGGAUAAUAUAAUAACAGAAAUUGAUGUUAAUAGCACAAUGGACAGUGUGGUUGUUGAAGUAAUGAAAAGUAUUCCAGAAGAAUUAAAAAUUAUUGAUAAAAAAGAUUUAGAAAAUCUAGAGACAUUGAAAGAUUUCAAUAUUGCCCUUGAUUUUGAUACAAGCCCACUUUACAAUUCCUUACAAAUAAUAGAUGAUGGUAUCAAAAAAAUAAACGAUUUAACUGAAAAGACAAAAGAACAGGACAUAAUAGACAAAAUUAAGACUUGUUUAGAUCAAUUGACCAAAAGUAAAAAAGAUUGUAUUGAUGACGGAAUUUCUCUUCAAAUUAAAACUAUAACGGAGAACUUGGAACCAAUUAGAGAAUGGACAAAAACCCUAAAAGAUGAAGUAAAUAAACUAAACGAAACACUAACCAAUGAACAAAAUAAAUUAGAUACUAAAAAAGAAGAUGUCGGAAAUGUAACUCAAAAAUUUGUGGACGAAAUUAAAAAUCACGUACAAAUUUACCUUAACAGGGUUACUGACAAAACAGAAACUGAAUUGGGAAAAUGCAAACCCUUGUACCAAUCAACAAAAUCCCUUUUAGUUACAGGGUGUUACAAAAUCCUCAACCCCAUGAACGGAUUCUGGUUCACCAUGUUCCUGUCUCUGUUGCUUUUCGUGCCGAUCAUAAUCGUGUGCACCGUAUUGGCAACGCUGUUUCAAAAAACCGAAUCCCGUAUCCAACCCGAGGGCGCGGGGUACGACAACACCGCACUAGCCUACGAUUACCACGACGACCGAUACGGCAACGUGGCGGCGGGGAUGAGGAACGAUCCAAACCACUGGAAAAGUUAUUAAAAUGGGUUUAUUCGAUUAAAAAAAUAUAUAUGUACAAAGUAUAAAAUAUUGUAUAAAUAAAAUAAAAUUGUC